CUCAAGGUCAUCCAGGAUGGGCGAACCCAGACCAGAUGAUUAUACCCUCGCAAUUAGAUCUCGUCUUCAAUACCAACCCCAUAAAGACAGCGGAUUUCUUCCUUCGAUUGCUUGACGCAUCUCCCCAAGUGCACAACUUUGAUUAAUAAUAAAUUUUCUUUAUUUUCAUUUUUAUUUUCUUAUUUACGUUGAGCCUGGUGCUCUCACAUUAGUCUUAGUUUGUAAUUCUUAUUCCCUUGUUACUACAUUACUUUUUAUAUACAACACUAAGGAGCAUUUCAAUUUCUUUGUUAUCUAUUUAUUACUCAACUUCGUGAUAUCACCUAUCAUACCUCAAGUAACGCAAAAGCAAAAAAACCAAUUUCAUUAUGCACUACACCGGCAGAAUCUCAGUUUCUUCGCUUCUUGCUGCAAGUCUAAUCCACACGGCAUACGGGCACAUGGCCUUGGUGGCGAUGUAUGGGGAAACCAAUGGAUUGACGGGAAAGGGGUUCGGUAUCAAAGACGGCGCACCUCGUGACUCCUCUCAACGUGACCCUGCACAGCUUGAUUCACCUUUUGUGCGUGACUUCGAAAUUCAGGACGGCACUGCAUCUACAUGUGGCCGAACACUCAUCCAGGGAAAGCUGGGUAUCUCCGACUCUAUGGAAAAAGCCGAAGAUGGUGGUCUCCCCGACGUCGGCCCGGGGGGUGUAAUUCGUAUCGUAGCCCAUCAAGUCAAUGCAGACGGUGCUGGUCCCUAUAGUUGUGGCCUUGAUACUGAAGCAAAGGGACAAAAUUUUCAAAACAUCCCAGUAUCUGUGAACGUCCCGAACGGUGGCAAGUCCACUAGGCCCACCGAUUAUACUUUGGAAGCCAAGAUUCCGCAAGGUACGAAAUGCACAGGAGGCUCAGAUGGCCAAACUUGCAUUGUGCGGUGCCUCAACACCGCAGACGCCGGUCCAUACGGAGGUUGUAUCGCGUUCACCCAGAAGCAAGGACUGUUCAACGAUCCUGCUCCCGCCGGAUCUGGCCCUACGCAAGGAUUUCAACUUGACAAGAUAACCGAAAACCCUGUGACGCGUGGCGGUGACCAAUUUUCUGACGCCAGGGCCAAAAUGGACCCGAAAGCUCUUGCAACCCAAGGUGGCAACGGGAAUGGUAACGCGCAGACAACCGCUCGACAGGCGACCGGUGCAGCCGGAGCGACCGGCGGAGCCGCUCAGACAGCAGGCAAGAAGAACACCAGACGUGACUUGGCCAAUGACUCGAUUGUGGGUUCACAAUAUGCGCCUCGUUCACCAAGUACAAACCAGCGCGAAUUUUCAUUACGCCGCCGAUCUCCUCAAAACAAUAAGCCAGCUGCAAAUACAAACACCCAGAAUGGGAACAACGCGGCUACCGUUAAUCGGUCAGCUACGGGAAACGGAAAUGCCAACGCUAACGUAAAUGGCAACGGAAAUGGAAAUGCUAAUGGUAACGGCGGCCAAGCUAACCAAGUAAACCGUUCCACCAAUGGAAAUGGAAAUGGAAAUGGAAAUGGAAAUGGAAACGGAAACGCAAACGGCAAUAACGGCAAUAACGGCAACUUACGGGGACAUGUGGACCCUAUCAAGCCGACCGAGCAGGGUAUUGCGUAUGAGAUUGCGACAGGUCCUCUUGGACAGGCAGAUGUCCCGCAGAACAUUCGUCAAAGUGUCGGCGGCAAGAGAAGAUCGAUCUCCAGAAGACAAGCCACACAAUUCACGCCAGCACAACAGAAGGCUCCUGUUUCCAGCGCCCCCAAUUCCAACAUUCCGGUCACCAAUGGAGCAGCAUCUACAACUCUAUCCGCACCAACACCAAGCAAACAAGCAGGACCAGGCUCAGUCACCAACCCUCUUUCAUUGAGCAAUCAAGAGAUUGAUGAAGCAGAGGCCGAAGAGGAAGCAGAAGACGACGCUGAACACGAGGCAAAGAAACUCCGAACUAGGCGCUUUUAAACGAUUUUGUACAUUGUAAACAGGCUACCAAAUACCCCAUGAUAUCCAUGUUCAAAAUAGUUUGUAUGGAACCUAGCCCUUUAGGCACCCCUUCACGCAGAUGAUGAAUUAUAAAACACUUUUUGGUUG